AUGUCUGAUAUGAAGGCCACUGUCGAGCCCACCACAAAAGGCUUCUCAGUCUGCGGCUACGAAAAGAUUGAAUACGACUUCGAGUUUCUCGAUGGCGUCUUCAACGUUGCCAACGUGCAGCUGGCCCAGUGCUACAAGCCCUGGGGUCGCUGCCUCGCCGUCAUGGAUUUAAACAUUUUCAACCUGUACGGCGAUGAGAUGCAGAAGUACUUUGAUCAUCAUGGCAUCACUCUCAAGAUUCACAAGACCAUGAUUGGCGAAAAGGCCAAGAGCAUGGAAACCUUGCUUUCUAUUGUUGAUUCUAUGACGGAGUUUGGCAUCUACCGAAAGGAACCUGUCCUCGUUGUUGGUGGUGGCCUUGUCACUGAUGUGGCUGGGUUUGCCUGUGCUGCCUAUCGCCGCAACACCAACUACAUCCGCAUCCCGACCACAGUCAUCGGCCUCAUCGACGCCUCAGUCUCCAUCAAAGUUGCCGUCAACUACGGCCGCUACAAGAACCGCCUAGGAGCCUACCACGCCCCCUCCCACACAUUCCUUGACUUUACCUUCCUCCGCACUCUCCCCAAAGCGCAGAUCCGCAACGGAUUUGCCGAGCUCAUCAAGAUCUCCACAUGUGCUCAUCACGAGACCUAUGAGUUGCUCGAUGGGUACUGCGAGGAGUUGAUUGACACAGCUUUUGGUCGUUCUGAUGAUGCUUCGGAGGAGAUCAAGACUGUUGCUGACAAGAUCUGUCGGGCUGGCAUUUAUGAGAUGUUGAAACUGGAGACGCCGAAUCUUCAUGAGAUUAUGCUUGACCGCGUGAUUGCCUACGGACACACUUGGUCUCCUCUACAUGAACUUGUGCCAGAGACACCUCUUCGACAUGGUCAUGCCAUCUCUAUUGACAUGGCCUACUCAGCCACACUUGCUCAUUCGAGGGGACUCCUCUCGUCUGAAGAGCACAAGCGCUUGCUAAACCUCUUCUCUCGAGCAGGUCUCUCCAUGGACCACCCCCAGUUCGACGGUCCUCUAUUGGAGAAUGCCACAGCUGCCAUCCUCAAGACACGAGACGGCAAGCUUCGGGCUGCAGUUCCUGUCAGCCCCAUGGGCGACUGUGUAUUCCUCAACGAUGUCAGCCAUGAAGAGAUGUGCGGCGCACUUGAGACACACAAGAAGCUCAUGAAGAGCUUCCCUCGUCAGGGCGAAGGUCUUGAAGCCUACGUGGAUGCCAGUGACACCGGCUAUACGGUCCAAGGAACACCGGUAGAGAACGGUGCUUCCAAGGGUCUGCCCAUGAAUAGUGUCGAAAACAGUUAUCUUCAUGCAUCUGGCCCAGAGGGUGUAGAUGGUCUUCAGAGCAGCAGCGACGAGGAGACGACCAACUACACCCUCAACGGUCGAUCCAAUGGGUAUAAAGACGGAGUUGGCAAGCUCAGCAGUGGAUUGAAGGACAAGGUGAAUGGUCUGGAGAAUCACAUUUUCAACACUGUUGCUGUUGAUAGUCUGCGUGGAUCUUGA